AUGUCCCGACCCACGACUCCGAUAUCUACUCGAGCAGAUCGUGACACACCUACACGAUUUCUGUCGCGAGACUCGACUGUCAACAGAGGAGUGGCAGACGGGGAUCCAUUCCUCACAGAGGUCGGACAGAUCAGCGACGAGCUGCGGCACGAGAUGAUCCUGCUGUCGGACACGCUGGGCGUUAGCAUGCUGGUGGACGCGAUCAACCACCCGCGCCAGGCGCCCGCCAGCGAGGGCACGGUGCUGGGCCCGUUCCACACGCACGACGCGCACGAGAAGAGUCUCGGCUCUGCGCUGCACAGUGACCCGGACGCGACGCCGCUGCUGGUGCUGUGCUCAGUGGCCGAUACCGAGGGCAGGCCGAUCGCCGGCGUCAAGGUCGAUGUCUGGGAAGGCGACUCCAAGGGCUUCUAUGAUGUGCAGAACCCGGCGCGUGAUGGGCCCGAUGGUCGGGGCGUGCUGCACUCUGAUGUUGAUGGCCGCUUCUUCUUUCAGGCUAUUGUGCCCGUCCCGUACCCGAUUCCGAUGGAUGGGCCCGUCGGUAAGAUGCUCCAGAGACUCGGCCGCCAUCCGAACCGGCCGGGCCAUGUGCAUUUCAUGUUGGAUAAGCCCGGGUUCGAUUUGCUGGUAACUGCCCUCUAUCCACGCGGUGAUCCCUACGAAACGUCGGACCCGGUGUUUGGUGUCAAGGAGUCGUUGAUUGUCGACUUAUUGCAAGUAACGGACCCGGCCAUGGCGUCGAAAUACGGCGUCGAGGUUGGCACCCCACUGCUGACGUAUGAUUUUGUGCUCUUUACGGAUCAACAGGCUCGGGACCUGCGCAGACAGAAAGCCGUCGAGGCGAUGGAGAAACAGAAGCGGAAGGUGGUGUUUCAUAACGGGUUGCCGGUGCCGGCGGAAGAGUAA